UUAGAAAUUACUACUAUGCUUGAUCGAUUUGUAGGGUUUUGCUCACCCUUGUUUUCCUUCCUGUCACAGAAGGAUGCCCUGCAGUGGUCUCGCAAUCCGGCUGCAGUGGAGGGGGAGGAGCCAGAGGACACAGCUGAUGUAGAGAGCUGUGGGUCUAAUGAAACCAGCACUGUGAGUGGUGAAAAUGAUGUAUCACUUGAUGAAACAUCCUCUAAUGCAUCCUGUUCUACAGAAUCUCAGAGUCGGCCUCUUUCUAAUCCCAGGGACAGCUACAGAGCUUCCUCACAGGCAAACAAGCAAAAGAAAAAGACUGGUGUGAUGCUGCCUCGAGUUGUCCUGACUCCUCUGAAGGUAAACGGGGCCCACGUGGAAUCUGCAUCAGGGUUCUCGGGCCGCCAAGCCGAUGGCGAGAGUGGCAGCCCGUCCAGCAGCAGCAGCGGCUCUCUGGCCCUGGGCAGCGCUGCUAUUCGUGGCCAGGCCGAGGUCGCCCGGGACCCUGCCCCGCUCCUGAGAGGCUUCCGGAAACCGGCCACAGGUCAAAUGAAGCGCAACAGAGGGGAAGAGGUAGAUUUUGAGACACCUGGGUCCAUUCUUGUCAAUACCAACCUUCGGGCCCUGAUAAAUUCUCGGACCUUCCACGCCCUGCCAUCCCACUUCCAGCAGCAGCUCCUUUUCCUCCUGCCUGAAGUGGACAGACAGGUGGGGACGGACGGCCUGUUUCGUCUCAGCAGCAGUGCACUGAAUAACGAGUUUUUCACCCACGCGGCUCAGAGCUGGCGGGAACGCCUGGCUGAUGGUGAAUUCACUCAUGAGAUGCAAGUCAGGAUACGGCAGGAAAUGGAGAAGGAAAAGAAGGUGGAACAAUGGAAAGAAAAGUUCUUUGAGGACUACUAUGGACAGAAGUUGGGUUUGGCCAGAGAAGAGUUGUUGCAGCAGAACGUGGGCCAAGAGGAGGCUGAAAUCAAGAGUGACUUGCGAGUCCCAGGAGGAUCAGCACGGCCACAGCGUGGUCCAGCCACCCGGCAGCGAGACGGGCAUUUCAAGAAACGCUCUCGGCCAGAUCUCCGAACCAGAGCCAGAAGGAAUCUGUACAAGAAACCGGAGCUAGAACAAGGAGGGAUUGUUAAAGACACACAGUCUGUGGCACCUGACAUCCCCCUCUACAAGGAUGGGGAGGCUAAGACUGAUUCAGCAGGGGCAGGCAGUCCCCACCUGCCUGGCACAUCCUCUGCAGUGCCUGACUCCGAGGGUCCCAGAUUCACAGUGGAGACGGGAGCUUCUCAGAUCCAAACCGAUCCUGACGACCUGGCACGGGCCUCUGCCUCUUCAGACAGAAUUCCCAGCUUGCAUCAGGAGACUGUUGAUCAGGAACCUAGAGAUCAGAAGAGGAAAUCCUUUGAGGAGGCAGCCUCCGCAUCCUUUCCCGAAAAGAAGCCCCGGCUUGAAGAUCGUCAGUCCUUUCGUAACACAAUUGAAAGUGUUCACUCCGAAAAGCCACAGCCCACCAAAGAGGAGCCCAAAGUCCCGCCCAUCCGGAUACAACUUUCACGUAUCAAACCACCCUGGGUGGUUAAAGGUCAGCCCACUUACCAGAUAUGCCCCCGAAUUGUCCCCAUCACGGAGUCCUCCUGCCGGGGCUGGACUGGUGCCAGGACCCUCGCAGACAUUAAAGCCCGUGCUUUGCAGAUCCGAGGGGCGAGAGGCCACCACUGCCAUCGAGAGGCGGCCACCACUGCCAUCGGAGGGGGGGGUGGCCCGGGUGGAGGUGGCGGCAGGACCACCGAUGAGGGAGGUGGCAGAGGCAGCAGCAGUGGUGAUGGUGGUGAGGCCUGUGGCCACCUUGAGCCCAGAGGAGCCCCGAGCACCCCUGGAGAGUGUGCGUCAGAUCUACAGCGAACACAACUACUGCCGCCUCGUCCUCUAAAUGGGGAGCACACCCAGGUUGGAACUGCUAUACCCAGAGCCAGGAGGGAGCACCUGGCUUCUCUCAGAGAGGAGGAGAACUCCCUACAGAGGGCACCAGUUGCAAGCAGGCGAGAAGAUGUCUCCCAACUCCUCAUGGCUCCCACUGGGGACCAGCCAUGCCAGGCUUUGCCCCCACUGUCCUCCAAAACCCCAGCACCCGAGAGAUUAGUUGAGCAGCCUACCUUGCAUCUAGAUGUUAGAACUGAAGGUGAAUCUGAUACCACUUCCCGGGAAAGGGAUAAUAAAGAGCAAAGACCCACUCUUCUCCCUGAGGAUGGUCCUAUUCAGUCUCUGGUGGGGGAUGUUAUAUUAGAAGGAGGAACUGGCCAGGCUCUGGACAGGGACGGUAGUCCAACUAUGAAGGAUCCUGUGAAUGUGACCCCCAGUUCCACCCCUGAGUCGUCAUUGGCUGGCUGCGUACAGGACAGGCAAUUAGGACUUGGUGACUCAUGCCCACCCAUGAAGGGAAGAGCUACUAUACAAGAAGACCUAAAAACUGAGGCUGGCUUCUCCAAUGUGGGACAGCUCGAACCAGACUCCAGAGAGAACGUCCCAUCUGUCCAGCCCCAGGUUGGAGAAGAGUGGGAGAAGGCUGCUCCCCUCAUUCCUGCAUUGCCUGGGGGUUUGACAGCCGAAGAUGGUUUAGAUCUCCCCAGCUGUCCUUCACUUGGGACAGUGCCAUCUCACGGGUGCAGUGACAGCCCAGGGAACGACUGCCAACAGGUGGAAGUUGAAAACGUGAAAAUCAAUGGAGACUCUGAAGCACUGAGUCCUCACAGCGAAUCCACAGACACAGCCUCUGACUUUGAAAGCCACUUUUCUGAGAACAGCAGUGAUGCUGACCCUACUGAGGCCACAGUGAUGGAGAGGUCCUCGGUGGUGGACAAAGAGGAGAAACACGGUUGGAACCACUCUGCCUCACUUGCCAAAAUGAAUGGUGACCAUAGUCUGGUUAAAAGGACAGACAGGAUGGUUGCUCCUCAGAGCUGGGUGUCUCGCGUAUGUGCAGUCCCCCAAAAGAUCCCAGAUUCCCUGCUGCUGGCCAGUACCGAGUACCAGCCGAGGCCUGUGUCCCUGGGCAGGCCUGGGUCCUCAGUGGAGGCCACUAACCCACUCGUGAUGCAGUUGCUGCAGGGCAACUUGCCCCUGGAAAAGGUCCUUCCUCCAGCCCUCUCUGGCAGCAGACUGGAACCUCCACAACUCCCACUUGCCAAAGAGCAGGGAAUGGGAUCUUUGCAAGAUCCUGGGGGAAACAGUUGUGCGGUGGGCAGGAGCAGCCCCGGUCCUUUAAGAGCUUUGAAGGAACCUCUUCUACCCGACAGCUGUGAAGCCAGCACUGGUCUUGCCAGACUGGAGGCCACCCAGGCUCCUGGAACACCCCAGAAGAUUUCCAAGAUGGUCCCAAGUUUAGAUUCCCUAUAUCCAGUGACCAAUCUGACAGCUGCCUCUGGGCAAAUAGAAGUGGAUUCCAAAGAGCAGUUCUCUUCCUUUAGUUGUGAAGAACAGAAGAAAGGCCGAGAUCUGCCCCAGUGCAGUAAUUCAAAUGCUGCCCCAGGCAAAAGUCCAGGAAAUCUCACUACCUCGAGAGCCCCUUGUUUCUCAUCUCCAAAUGUGAUCUCCUUGGGUCCUGAUCAGACAGGCCGGGCCCGGGGUGAUCAGAACAGUGCUGGAGGUCAAGGGAAGAAGCUCUUUGGCUCUAGAAACCUGGCUGCAACCCUUCAGUGCCCCAAGCCUAUGGCGCCAGUGCCGCUGCCCGCUGAUGCCCCUCCUGGUUUUCCCAGUAGGAAGUUGGGGCCAAGUAAAAACUCUGUGUCUGGUGGGGUACAGACCGCCAGGGAAGACUGGGCUCCAAAGACACCACCUGCCUCUGUUGGCAGCAUCAAGAGUGAAAAGACUUUUGUGGGGGCGCCUCUCAAGGCAAAUGCAGAAAACAGAAAUGAAGCUGGACCCCGUGCUCGGGAUCUGGUGGAUCACUUGCAAGCGGUGCCCUUUGUCCUUGACCUGCCCUUCUGGAAAUUGCCUCGAGAGCCUGGGAAAGGGCUCAGUCAACCUCUCGAGCCUUCUUCUAUCCCCUCCCAACUCAACAUUAAACAGGCAUUCUAUGGGAAGCUUUCUAAACUCCAGCUAAGUUCCACCAGCUUUAAUUAUUCCUCCAGCUCCCCAGCCUUUCCCAAAGGCCUUGCUGGAAGUGUGGUGCAGCUGAGCCACAAAGCAAACUUUGGUGCGAACCACAGUGCAUCACUUUCCUUGCAAAUGUUCACCGACAGCAGCACAGUGGAAAGCAUCUCGCUCCAGUGUGCGUGCAGCCUGAAAGCCAUGAUCAUGUGCCAGGGCUGUGGUGCGUUCUGUCAUGACGACUGUAUUGGACCCUCCAAGCUCUGUGUAUUGUGCCUUGUGGUAAGAUAAUAAAUUAUGGCCAUGGGAAAAGUUGUAUAUUUAGUGUGUGUAUUUUGAUAAUGAUUGAUCUUAAGUCUGUAUACAGAGUAUCAUUGAUACAGUAGACUGUCUCUUCAGGCAGAAGCACUCUUGCCUCUCCCUAACAUUUAUAGUGCUAAAGGCCUCUGUCACUUAGCAACCUUCCUGUCUUGCUGGAGGGGCUUUCCACAGGGCAACUUGUUGGGCUGCAACUGGCCAGCUGAGCCCUCAUGUAGACAGAGCCUGGUGAGGGGUAGAGGGCCUGCCCGACACCCAGAGGGACCUGAAAUUGAAGAAAGAAGGUUGUUCUCCACACAGGGAACUAACCUACCUGAACUAAGUAGAAAUGUCAGUCUUCCGCCGCCCCCUCCCUGCCACCUUUCCUCCUGCUAUUCUGGGGAGGUGAUGGUUGGGGAAGAACCUGCACAGGGUUAAGGUAACUCCCAGCAGUGCCCACCAGGGGGCUCAAGUACCUGCUGACCUCAGGGUCACAGUUCAUUCUGAUGCCAGUUGAUGGAUUUAACCUUUGGUUCUGUUGCUGAAGCAAAUAUGGGACUUUGCUGACUCAUUACAACCCACUGGCCCACAGGAGCUUUUGGAACCUUUGAAUAGACCUGCUUGGACAAUAGGGUUGAGCAUAAGGUCAUCUAUCUGAAAAUCCCACCUGUAGACCUUGUCAGUCACAUGUCCAGAUGUUUGGCAGGUGAAUGCCUCUGCCUGACACCUUCCCGGUCACUUUGGACUCAUGGGAGCGGGCAUCUCCACACACCUAUGUAUCUGAAAAAUCAUUUUACAUUUCAAAGCAGUGUGUGUUUCUUAUUUUUAUAUUUUUAACUCUAUCCUUGGAUGUAUAAAGUGAAUUUUUUGGCUUCUGUAAGUAUGCUCUAUGCACCUCUAAUGUUUUAUCAUGUAUUUAUAUGUUGUACACAGUACUGGCCGAUUCUGUAAAUGGAUGUAUUAUAUAGACAACACGAACGUCUCUCCCUUACUUCACGUUUUGGGCAUCAUUGCAUUAAAGUGGUGUAAUAGACUUCUCUCCACCUGUGUCAGAGCCACUGCAUGCUGUGCUGCCCAACUUGAGUGAUUAACUUGUGAUCUGCCAGGUUGGCCCGGUGCCCUGUCAUGGUGCACCCGGGGGACCGGCCAGAGUCAGCCUGCCUGUCCACUGCUGAGCAAAUGCAUCUUGCUCCUCACAUCUCUUCUCCAACCUUCACUGGCUGCUCACUGCCAUAUGUGACAAAUCACCACCACCAGUGUUAAGUGCUUCUGAACUCAAGGGUGAGUGCCCUGGGCAGCCCCAGGUGGGCCUUCUAGACCUAGCUCCAGGGCCACUGCCUGUCAGCAAUACCUGGGACCAUGUUCUCCUGGGGCCAUAGAGCUCCUUUUGACAGCAGGUUGGGGAAGAAACAGGCAGGCCUGCUGCCUGCCUCUCUCCCGACACAUUUCUAACAAAUAGAUGUCUCCAUAGUUGUCUUUCCUCACCCUGCUUCCUGCCUUAUUUCUUGUACCUCAACUUGUUGCAGAGUUGAGUCCUUGUUUAACUCCAGUCUCCCUGUGUGAGUGCUUAUGUGUGAAGUAUAAAAUUGGUAUGACUUCAGCAGAUCUCAUUUCAUCUGAGAGGUCUUCCCUUUCCCAUUUCAUCCAGUGUGGCAUUUUUGUCAUCUGAAGCAUGAGUGAGAAGUUGGCAGUGUUGUGGUGAUUUCAAUGCAGUAUUGGCCAAGUCCAAGUUGUCAACUUUAAGAGUCUGUUUACCAAAGACAGGGAGCAGAGGCCCAAGCGUGUUUGAUCCUCUUCUUCCUUCUGUUGUGACCUUUGAGGCCACUCUAGGGUCUAGUCCAUGGGGCUGCCCAGAGAAAGCGCUGCUCUUGUAUGUCUCCUGUGGUUUUGGAAAAAUAAACCUGUACAACCUGCA